GCUCACGGGGCGGGCGCGCGGGCCAAUGGGAGCCGGGACUCAGCGCAGGGGCCGCCCACGGCCGCGCUGGCAGCAUAAAGAGCCGGCGCGCGGCGGCAGGCUGCAGAGCUGGGCGCCGCUGCUCCCGCACCGCCUUCCUGCGCCUCUCCCGCCGCCUUCCCGAGCUGCUGCCGCCGCCGCCGCCGCGGCACCAGACCCAGAGCGACUCAGCCUCCGCCGCCCCGCCAGACUUGCCGCUGCCGGCGCGCCCGCACCUGCGCACGGCCGGACCCCGAAGCCCCACCGGCCCAGGAGGACUUUGCAGCCCGCCGCCUCCCGCUCGUCCCAGCACCUGCGCGCAAAUGGAGCUGGACCACAGGACCAGCGGCGGCCUUCACGCCUACCCCGCGCCUCGAGGCGGGCAGGUGGCCAAGCCCAACGUGAUCCUGCAGAUCGGGAAGUGCCGGACCGAGAUGCUGGAGCACGUGCGGAGGACCCACCGGCACCUGCUGGCGGAGGUGUCCAAGCAGGUGGAGCGCGAGCUGAAGGGGCUGCACAGGUCGGUGGGCAAGCUGGAGAGCAACCUGGACGGCUACGUGCCCACCAGCGACUCCCAGCGCUGGAAGAAGUCCAUCAAGGCCUGCCUGUGCCGCUGCCAGGAGACCAUCGCCCACCUGGAGCGCUGGGUCAAGCGCGAGAUGCACGUGUGGCGGGAGAUCUUCUACCGGCUGGAGCGGUGGGCCGACCGCCUGGAGGCCAUGGGCAGCAAGUACCAGGUGGGCGGCGACGCGGCCCGCCACACCGUCUCCGUGGGCGUCGGGGGCCCGGAGGGCUGCUCCCAGGAGGCCGACGGCUACGACUUCCCGGUCAGCCCCUACGCCAUCACUCCGCCGCCGGCCGCCGGCGAGCUGCCGGGGCAGGAGCUGGAGGAGGCCCAGCAGUACCCGCCCUGGGGGCCCGGCGAGGACGGGCAGCCCAGCCCCGGCGUGGACACGCAGAUCUUCGAGGACCCGCACGAGUUCCUCACCCACCUGGAGGAGUACCUGCGACAGGUGGGCGGCUCCGAGGAGUACUGGCUGUCGCAGAUCCAGAACCACAUGAACGGGCCGGCCAAGAAGUGGUGGGAGUUCAAGCAGGGCUCAGUGCGGAACUGGGUGCAGUUCAAGAAGGAGUUCCUGCAGUACAGCGAGGGCACGCUGUCCCGCGAGGCCCUGCAGCGCGAGCUGGACCUGCCGCAGAAGCAGGGCGAGCCGCUGGACCAGUUCCUGUGGCGCAAGCGGGACCUGUACCAGACGCUCUACGUGGACGCCGACGAGGAGGAGAUCAUCCAGUACGUGGUGGGCACCCUGCAGCCCAAGCUCAAGCGCUUCCUGCGGCACCCGCUGCCCAAGACCCUGGAGCAGCUCAUCCAGCGGGGCCUGGAGGUGGAGGGCGGCCUGGAGCCGGGGUCGGAGACCGCCAGCCCCCAGCCCCCCGCCGGGGACGAGGCCGAGGCCGAGCCGGAGAAUGAGAGCAACGAGGCGCUCACGCCGGCCCUCACCAACGAGUCUGCGGCCAGCGACCGGACCCAGCCCGAGUAGAGGGCCUGGCGGCCCCGGCCUGCCCGCCACACCCCGCCUGUGGCCUUUGCCAACCAAGACUUUUGAGCCGGGCUGACCCCCGCAGGGGGAGCCCCGGUCCCCCACCCGGUGGGCGCGCUGCCACCAGCCUCCCAGCCCGAUUCUCACAGCACACGCCGCCCAGUUCUGGACAGCGUCCCCCACACAGUGGAGGAGCCCCCGUCCCCUGCAGGGCCCUGCCCGGCCCCUCCCUUCCUCCCUCCGUCGGUCGUCCAGGGCCUGGGCCUGCCCGGGCCACCCCCCGCCCCUCCGCCCCACCCAAUAGACCCACUCUCUCAGGCCACCACAGCGGUCUCCGCCUCCUCAGCCUGCUCCGCGCCUGGGCCCUCUGGGCCCGCAGAAGCCACGAGGCCCUGUGGCCCGGGCCAGCAGGCACCACGCUCACUCGGGGGACUCCCUGGAGCAGAAGCAAAAGCCCGGUGCCCCGUGCCCGGUGCCCGGUGCCGUGAGACCUCACCUCCGGGCCAGCGCCCCCUCCUGGCGGUCGCCUCACAGGCCGGCCAGCCCGCCCGCCUCGGACAGCACAGUGUGGCUCCGUGUCCUAGGGGACACCCGAAGCUCAGGCACAGCCUCAGCAGCCGCAGCAGCAGCAGCAGCAGCAGCAGCAGACCUGGCCUCCUGGUCUCCUGGCCGCUCAGGGGUGUCCGUGACUCACGCCAGCUCAGCGGGUGACUCAGCCCCCGGCAGGCGGGGGGUCCCCAGAGGCCUGAGUCCCCGAACCGGCUGAGGCAGCCGCCGGUGUCUCCGGAGCCAGGAGAGCUACAACAGGUCCCCAGGCUCGCCCAGAGCCCUGCUGCUGUGCCCGGCACUGCCCGCUGCCCGCUCCUCCCACCAGCUGCCCGCGCGGGAGGAGCCGUCUGAGGCCCCAGAGGGGCUGCUGCAGAGAGGAGGGGCCCCGGGAGAGCGCGCCGAAGACUCCCGGCCUGGAGGCCAGGGCCCGCCGCCCUGCCUGCCCCGCCUGCCGGCCCCCAGGACCUCUGUGGCUGGAGCCCUGGCCCCACACCCCGGGCCCCGCCUUGCUCCGGCCCAGCAGCCCUGCUCGCUGUGCGGCCUCUGCCCCCGCCAGAGCUUCCCGAGAGCCCCGGCCCGAGGCCAGGAGGCCAGCCCCAGGACACCCCAAAGCCUCGCUCCUGGGGCUCCAGCUGCUCUGCCAGCCGCCGCUGCCCAGGCCCUGACCGCCCCCCACCCCAGCACCAGAACCCCGGUGCCGCAGAGCCCGGCCUGUUUGGGGGGCCCGCUCUGCCUGUCCCCUGGGGGCUCCCAGAUUCACUGAUGACAACGUCUGCAGGUGACCGUCGGCUCCUUCACUCUGUGCUCCUGCCAGCCCCCCAGAUUUUAUUUUUACACAUGAGCCAUAGCCCGUCCUCUCAGGCUGCGGGGGGCCCCGGGUCCCCCCGCCCCCACAGACCCAGCCUGGAGGGCCCUGCCAGGCUGGGGCCCCCUCCCUGAGG